GCUCACGUGCACUCGCUGCGCGCUCUCUUCCAGUUGAACAGAGGGUGUAAUAAAUAAUUCAGUCCCAGCCAGGGAACACCUCAGUCUCUCUCUUCUCCUGUGAAGCCGCGGAGCUGCAGCCUCCACACGGACUGUGGACCGAGACGCUGACGCGUCUGCUUCCUGCUCCGGAGCGGAUAGAGAGAAUCCACCUUGGAGAAGGACGAAUGCGGGGUUUGUUUUAGCGUAUUCAUGACUUCCAGCGGUGGAGGAAGGACGGGGCAGACGGUCAGCGGUGAGACGUAAAUAUUGCCAUGCCCUGCUUCGUGCACAACCUCCUCCGAUUCGUUUCCUCCUAUGAGCUCUGUUUUAGAGGAUAACUGCAAAGGGGACAAAGAAAAUUACGUCGUUGUCGAAGGUCAAUAUUUUGGAGAUGUGAAGUUGUGUUUGGGAUAGGAGGCUGCUGCGGGCCACGAUCUGCACGUACACAGCAUCCUGACUUUGCUGUGUCCGUGUUUUCAAAUGUCGCAGGCAGCAUCCUCCGAGCUGAGCUUCACUCUCAGGGAUGAACAAGUUCUCACAAGCUAAAAACGAGUGGUUCAACUUCUUCAAUUUUUUCAAGUAUUGUUUUCCAGGCUGUGGGCAAUUCCCUCCUCUGUGUAACUGCGUGAUAAUUACAUUUUUUUUUAUGAGGAGUUUGGAAUUGUAAUGCUUACAGUGCAUGCUUCACAUAUCAGCCCCAAACUGCAGGCUUUUAGGAAGAUGUGAUCAGCUGCAGACAUUGUGAUUAGCAAAGAAUCUCAAACAUUAAUCAGACUGGUUCCUGCAUGACUGCUUGGUGGAACUGGUCUUUUAGUUAUCCCAGUUCACAUUAAAACAGGACCAUGGGUGCCAAGCAGACCAAAGGCCAGGAGCCCGGAGGAGCCAGCCCUCAGCACAGCUGGAAAAGAACGCCCACCAAGGAGCGGGGUGACAUCUUGGCUUCCCUCAUGGUGAAGUCAGGGGACCGGCUGAACCGUGGUGGGACACCGCCGCCCUACCAGCGCCGCAUCGGCAUGAUCCAGGAGAUGAUGCUGAUGGCCAAGCAGGGAAAGCAGGACGAGGCCACAGAGAUGCUCAAGACACUCCGACAGGACCUGGGCAUGGAGUCAACGUCUCUGGAUGACGUGUUGUACCGCUACGCCAGCUUCAGAAACCUGGUUGACCCCAUCACACAUGACCUGAUUAUCAGCCUUGCACGAUAUGUCCACUGUUCCAAGACGGAGGGUGAUUCUCUGGGGGCGAUGGAGAAGGUUUGUCGUCAGCUGACCUACCAUCUCAGCCCCCACUCCCAGUGGCGGAGACAGGGCCUGCUAAAGAGGAAACCUCAGUCCUGUUUGAAGGCAGUGUUGUCGGCCCCUCUGUCAAGCGGGGCGUUGGAUCUGUCCGGUAUCCCUCUGGUGGCCCGGGACAUGGAACGCCUGUGUGCAUACCUACAGCGCCAUGCGUCCAUCGUGGUCAGCCUGGAGCUAGGCUUCACCGACCUGACCGACGAGGCGUUUCUCCUGCUCCUGCCCACGCUGGCCAGCCUUCCACACCUGGAGACCCUGGCAUUAAAUGGAAACAGGCUGACCAGAGCUGUUCUGAAGGAGCUGACUGACGCCCUGAAGGAUCCCGGCAGUUUCCCUAGCGUGACAUGGAUUGACCUGGGCAACAAUGUGGACAUCUUUUCCCUGCCGCAGCCCUUCCUGGUCAGCCUGAGGAAGCGUUGUCCCAAGCAGGGAAACCUGCCCACUAUCCUGGAGUUUGGAGAGAGUCAAGCCAGCGACCCCCCCGAGAGGCUGAGGGGGCUCGAGGAAGAGGAGGAGGCAGACGACAACCGAACUGAGAGCAUGGGCGAGCUCCGGUCGGAGGUGGAGGACGAGCUGAAUGGAGAGAUGGAGAUAGAGGAGAUGAUGGAGGAGCUGCUGGACUUUGACAGGGAGGCACAGGGGAAGGAGGACGAAGAUGAGAGCAUGUGGACAGUGGAGGAGCAGAGGAAAGUGGGGAGAAGGAUGGGCUGGAGAGGGGAGGAGUCGGAGAAGGAGGCGCAGAGGAAAGAGCCUCGGCCGGGGAGGAAGGCAGCGAUGGCAGACGAUGAUGAUGAUGACGACGACACACAGAGCCCCUCCUCUCACCGGUCCCGCUCCAGCCAGUCGCAACACUCCUAUGCAGCAGUUGAGCCAAUGACAAUGGAGGAAGUCGACUUAGAUGAGGUGACAGACCAAUCAGACCAAUUGACCUGAUUGCUGCUCUCUGCCCUGCUCUGCUUAUGUUCCCCCUCCUGUGUCGAGUCCUGUGUGGAAGGAGGCAAGAGAAGACUUUGUCUCCUGCAGAGGAUAACCGAGUGAGCUCGAGGUCAGACAUGCUGCAUUGUGGGAAGGAUGUAAUCCAUAUGAUCAUGCCACUGGAUACUCCAUCCACGGAUCUGAUUUGUGACCAGCCACCAGAGCAAUCAGAUACUGGCAGAGUGACAGUUGAACCCAGGUGACUCUCUGUGACUGUAACUUGAGAAGACAAUCCCCAACAGGACGUGCGUUUUAUCAUAACCAUUUGUUUUUAAAGUAUGAAUAUAUUAAGGACGCUAUUGCAUAGAAUAGACAGAAUAAUUAUAUCACAUGAGGCUUUUAUAUAUAGAGUAUUAUUUUAUUUUUAUUCAGGUCCUUUCCUCCUGGUAACCCUGGUGAUACCUAUGUGCCUGUGACACGUUCCGUAACUGGUUAAGAGUGUUGUUGAAAGAUUUAAAAAAAAAAAAAAAAAAAGAGAGAAAAGAAAAUAUUAAAACUGAGAUCUCACAAACUAGUCAGGGCCCUUAAACCUUUUGAAAAAUGUGUUUGCCAAAAACUAGACGUGGUAAUGUAUAAAAUGUUUCCCUCCCACAUGCGUCCACGGCUAGCCAGAUGGAUCAGAAGACAGAUGGAAAGCAAGAGUCAAGCCGACUGCUUUGUGGAAAUCAGUUGCUCCUUCAAAUAUCAACAGAUGCACCAUGCGUUAGUGGAAGAGAAGUGCUCUGAAGAUGAAAUUAGUCAGCUGAAACCAAAAGAAAAAAGUUACUGAAAAGAAGACGGUUUUGGAAGGACAAGGACUUGCUUUACAGUGGCUAGAUGUGCUAAUUAUUGCCAUGUGUCCUAAAGCAAAGUGCUGGGGUAUCAAGUUGAAAUAUUUCGUAGCAUUUUUCUCAUAAUCCAGGUCAGGUUUCACGGUCCUUUAAACUAGUGUGCGCCACAUGCUUACAGCGCUGUGUUUAUAUAUAGGCCGCAGCUGAUCACAUUCACGUGUCUGCUGGGUUAAAACAAAUAUAUCUUUUUGAAGUAUGUAGCUCUCACCAGGCCUGUGCUGUCCAUUCCAUGUGUCACUUAUAAGCCAUGCAAAGUUUAAUAAAACCAACUAUUUUUGGGUGUGCUUGGGAAAUUGUUUAAAUGAUAGAUUAGCUAUUUAACAAGGAAUACCACUAUGUUACUUUUGUGGUCUGGGAUAGUUCAAGCUGUGUUUAUGUACAUUAAUAAUGCUUUAAAGCUAGGUAAAAGGUAAACCAGACUUUUAAUUUUUCAUAUUAUGAAAAGGGACUCUGUAGAAAGGUUGUAUUGAAAUGGAAAGGAGAAGAAUACUAACAUAUAGAAUAAACCAUCAUAGAACAGUAAAGAAUGAAUUAAUGUAUUCAAAAUUUUCCCCAGACAGGUGCCUCAGGCGCCAAUACAUUCACCUUUGGAACUGUUAGCAUGUGUGGCAUAACAAAUGAAGGCCUUUAGUGGCAUUCUGAUGCUUGCAGUUGCAACAUAUCAUUAGGAAAAUGUUAUACAGACAAGCAUGUUUGGCUACACAUCUCUCACAUAGACUUUUCAGUGUUCAAGAAGCCAGUAAAGUCCUGGGUUGUAGCUUGCUGCAAAUCCUUAAAAUCCUUAAAUCCUGCAUCCAUAAAAACUUUAUGGAUUUGUAAUACUAAAUUGUUGGAGUGCCCCUCAAUACGGCAUUUGUUGCUAAUUUAUGCAGAAUUCAACCAAAAGACGCUGUCUUUCAGCUGGCAGGAUAUAGUACCUCUGAAAGGAUUAGGACUUUGCAUAGCAUUGGCAGAGAUACUGUAUGUACUCCACGGAAUAACAGUCGGUUCCCAAACAAUCACAUGCAAAGCUGUUUUCUGUCUGAAAGCUUUUAUUGAAACCAUAUUCUGAUAAGCAUAAACAAUCUCUAGAAACUUAAAUUAAAUGGAAAGAGAAUUU